AUGCUUGAGACUUUGAUCAUCUCGCCGAGCUUUGGCUCGUUAUAUGCUUUGCUGGCAUGCCUCGCCUUUUUCAUCUUGCUGGAAGCUGGCAAGAUGGUGUACUCUUCCAAGUUUCACGCCCUUAAGAAAGUUCCAGGCCCCUGGUUUCCUGCAGCAAGCUCUCUCUGGAUUCGUUGGCAACGAUGGCACGGCAAGCUUUCAUUCACCGCCGACGACCUCCUCAGGCAGUAUGGUCCUGUGGUGCGCAUCAGCCCCAACAUGGUCCUCGUCAAUGAUUCUCCAUCUCUUCAAGCCGUCUUCGCCAGACAAGAUCUCGACACUGCCCCCCGCGCCAUCCGAGCUCUGCGUAUUGGAGGCCAUGAGUGGACAGUCACGUACCCUCAGAACAACAUCGCACGCGAACGUCGUCGGCCCGUCAUGGUCGCUACUACAACCAAGGCAAUGAAGUAUUGGCAUCCUAUCUUUGAGGAUAAUGUCAACAGGAUGGUCCGCAAUCUGGGUACGUCGAAAGGCGAAAAGUCCGAGGACAUUGUAUAUCAUCUCCGUGUUGCGACUCUGCUCAACUCCCAGGUUGUCAUGGCCGGUUCCCAAGCAAAGAUCGACCCAGGCGACUUCCCUCAUAUUGUCGGAGAAUACAACUUUCUCGUCGUCUGGCGCUUGUGUCUGCCGAAUUGGCUUUUCGAAUGGCUGAAGUUCACUCCUAUUGCUCUUCCAAAGUUUCGCGUCGAGUCAAGCGACAGGCUGUUCGAACUGGGCUCGCAAAUUUGCAAGGAAGCCGAAAAGGUUGAUCCUGUCGAUCGCGACGAAGUUCCGACUGUGUAUCAGCUUCUCAUGGAGAAGCAGGAGAAGGGAAUCAACUGGUCUCACGACGAGAUAAGUGCCGAGAUGGCAGGCCAGAUCCUCGCUGCUACCGAGACCACCUCGUCCGCUCUGGCAUUCAUCUUCUACGAGCUUGCAAAGAACACCAGCCUUCAAGAAAGCGUAGUCGAGGAGAUCAACACCCAGCACAACAAUGACAACCUUGACAGCCUCAAGCUUCUCGGGGCCUGCGUUACCGAGGGCCUCCGCUUCCGACCUCCUGUAGCCCUGACCGGAAGCCGAGUUGUUCCCAAGGGAGGUAUCGAUAUCCUCGGCUACUACAUCCCUGAGGGUACAGUUGUUACCACCCAGUCCCUGUCAAUGAGCCGACAGAGACCUGACUUAUUCCCUAAUUACGACGUCUUUGACCCGACACGCUGGCUGGAGGAAGAGGACCUCACCGAGCGACGACGACUUACGGCACCUUUUGGCGUGGGCGCUCGACGCUGUCCGGGUGGGAACAUGGCUAUCUACCAGAUGCGUCUGAUUCUCGCAGCGGUCUUGCGAGAGUACAGGAUCACAGUUGCACCUGAGACAACCCCGGAGUCAAUGACACCUUUCGAAGCAAACGGGUUCCGAUCGCGGUAUGAUGAAUGCUUUCUCAUCUUCACCCCUCGGAACUCUCACGUCAUCAACACAUGGGUGGGCUGA